CUCGGCAACGGUCCGGCGUCUCAGAUGGGAGAGCUCGAGGUUGCGUGCCUUCCUUCUCAAACGAGAAAGCAAUGUUAGAAGAAGGGGUCGCGAUGGAGAUGGAGAAGGAACUAUUGGCGAUGGUUGAGAGCAGCAGGUGGUUGGAUGAGAGGAGGUAGCGCAAACAACGCAAAAUGGGAGCUAUCGCGGGGAGAUCGGCGCUAAGUCUUGGCGCGUCACGUGUAGUUCUACAACUUUGUCUGAAAACACAGGCAGUGCAAGGUGUGAAGCAGUGGUGAAUCUCUACGUGGUGCAGCGGGAACUGCAGUGAGUUCAGAGUCGAAAGGGGUGACGUUGCCCUCCCCAGGCACCACGGGUCUGUUAGCGACACUGGUGGACCGCACCAUAACACGCAGCCAACCUAUUGCAGACAUGGCGCAACCGCAGAACGAGACACUCAAAAAGAUACGCGAGUAUUCCGAAGAAGCUCGUGGGCUGCAGGAUGAUGUUGUCGACUUCGACGCGUCGAGUACCGAGGCGCGUUUGGAGCAGACGGUGAAGGAGCUACAAGCACGCGUGCAGGAACAACAAGCAGCGCUUGACAAGCUACGAUCACGGUCACAGGUUGAUAUAGAGAGUGCGGCUUACGCAUCGGAAGAUCCGCGUAAAAAAUUGCAGCAACUCAUUGCUGUCAAAGACGCGUAUCGACGUUUGAAUUCAACCGCAACAUACCUACCUGCGCCAGGAUCAGUUCUACCUGCACUCUUAGCAGCGCGUACCCUUCAGCAGAACAUUAAAGGAACCAAGGAUGCUAUCACCAGCACGCAAUCCCAACUGGACGUCCAGGAACCCAACCUUCGUCAAGAAGAAGCCCUUUUACAUGACGCCCAACUUCUGAGUCAAUCAAUGGAGAACCGCAUUGAAAGACUACGUUCUCAGCACGAAGAUCGCUCACAGAAGACACCCGCUCAGCUUGCGCGAGAAUUGAUUGCGGCUAAGCGCGCAAAGAAAGAGAGCUACGACAAGGAGAUGCAGCGCAUGGGUGGAGCAAUGAACGACUUCAUCAACGAUUACCUCUCUAGCAUGCUUGCAGCAGAAGAGCUGGGCGGACCUGUAGUAGGUGAUAUGCUUGAUGUGGAAGACGAUACACUUGCUGCCGGGUUCACGAAGAAAGGACGCCCAAAGUCGUCCAAAAAGCCAGCAUCAGAUAAAACGCGACAACGCAGGAUUGACCAAAUUUGGGGCAAGAAGACUGCUGUUGACGAUCAAGAGGAGGAAGAAGAGCCACCUACUGAGGCCGAAGCUGCAGACGCGGAAAUGCGACAGCUGAUUGAGAACCUGUUUGCUACGUUGAUGGGACCAGGAGGUGGAAAGGCGUAUUUCCAACUACAAAGAGAUUCUGCAGCCUCGAGGUUCUUGGUCAGGGCAAAGAUUGCGCAGUUCCACCCAAAAGAUGCGAGGAAGCUUAGACUGAUUGACUUUGGAAGAGAGUUGGAUGACUGAAAUUGCUGGUGUAGAGUUACCUGACCCUCUGUUGCGAGGUUGCUGCAGUUGCUGCACUACGAGCGCCAAUCGACCGCCACAAACUCGUUAGACAGAUCUGACCUCGUUACGAGGGGAAUGGCAUCCACAAGCAUACAUCACCCAAAGCCUUGCCGAAGUUCCUAUCGUGUACUCAUCCCUUUUCCCCCAUGUCUAUAAAGAAUAUCGACAUGUGGCGGUGCAUUCGUGUUUAGUAUCUAAACCGACAUCGUACGUUUCCUUUUCGGAACUAUCAAUACCUUGGUUCCGCGCUCCACACAUGC